CCUCCGCUCUCGCCCUGGCCGAGCUGCCGCCGCUGCCCGCGCUCCCGCUGCGGCCCGAGCCGCUGGCGCCCUGGGGCCCCGGCGCGCAUCUGGCACUGCCCGAGCUGCCGCCUGAAGCCUGCUCACCCGCGCCCCCCGCCGCCGCGCUUGCACUGCAGGACCUGCCGCGCCUGCCCGCGCCCGCGCCGCCGCCCGCGCACCUGCCGCUGCCUCUGCUGCCCGAGGCCGCCGUUGCCGCAGCCCCCGGGCCCGUGGGCGCGCGCGGUCGCCCGCCCCUGCUCUCCGAGCCGCCCCCGCAGCCGCUGCCGCCGCUGCCCGCGCGACCCUCUCCCUUCAGCCUGCUGGAGCCCCCCGAGACCCGCGACCCAUGGCCGCUGCCCGCCUUCCCCCCUCCCCCGCCUCCGUAUUUCUUCCUGUAGCCGCCCUGCUGACCCGGCCCCUCCCGCGGCGGGUGGCCUGAGCUCAGCUUGUCCUCCGUCUUCCCCUCCUUUACCCUUGGUUCCCACAUGCACAGAUGCUACGGACACCCUUCGUCCCCUGUCCCCACUCAGCCGCGGCGUCCCCCGCUGGCCCCCAGGCCCCUCAUCCAUCCGCUGCCCACGAACCCCCAGCCCCGCAUCCUCCCCGUGGCUCAGGUCUCCCCUAUCCUGGCCUCCCUGCACUUCACUCUGCUCCUCCCCUGCCUGGGCCUUAAAACCCCGCCUGCAGCCGAGAGCCCGCAGAGUCCCCAGGUGGCACUGUCAGAGUCGCUCAGUGGGAACCUGCGCCAGCCAGCAGGAGACGCGGAUGGGCCUGGCAGUGCGUCCGGAGGGCCCCUGCGAGCUCAGCCCAGGUGUGACAGCGGGGUGGUAAGAGCAGCAGCACCCUCAGGGCAUCCGAUGGGCGGAGGCCCCUCGAGGUGACACCCACCACUCAGCCGAGCGGGACUACGAAUCUGCUUUGUGCUCCGCGAGGACCAGAAACACCUGCAAGAGGCACGGAGAGGAGGCGCCUUUCAAGAGGUUCACGGAACUGAGGACUGGCCUGGCUUGGGGACACCAACAAGCCUUCCCCCUCCUGCCAGACACAGAGACACCCACCCAGCACACCAGACACACCCUCUGAGUCACCUAGGCCGCCUGAGGCUGAGAAGACCUAACUGAGGGGCCAGAUGGCUUCGACCGGCUUAGAACUACUGGGCAUGACCCUGGCUGUGCUGGGCUGGCUGGGGACCCUGGUGUCCUGCGCCCUGCCCCUGUGGAAGGUGACCGCCUUCAUCGGCAACAGCAUCGUGGUGGCCCAGGUGGUGUGGGAGGGCCUGUGGAUGUCCUGUGUGGUGCAGAGCACGGGCCAGAUGCAGUGCAAGGUGUAUGACUCACUGCUGGCGCUGCCGCAGGACCUGCAGGCCGCACGUGCCCUCUGUGUCAUCGCCCUCCUGCUGGCCCUGCUUGGCCUCCUGGUGGCCAUCACAGGUGCCCAGUGUACCACGUGUGUGGAGGACGAAGGUGCCAAGGCCCGUAUCGUGCUCACCGGGGGGGUCAUCCUCCUCCUCGCCGGCAUCCUGGUGCUCAUCCCUGUGUGCUGGACGGCGCACGCCAUCAUCCAGGACUUCUACAACCCCCUGGUGGCUGAGGCCCUCAAGCGGGAGCUGGGGGCGUCCCUCUACCUGGGCUGGGCAGCGGCCGCACUGCUUAUGCUGGGCGGGGGGCUCCUCUGCUGCACGUGCCCCCCGCCCCAGGUCGAGCGGCCCCUCGGACCUAGGCUGGGCUACUCCAUCCCCUCCCGCUCGGGCGCAUCUGGACUGGACAAGAGGGACUACGUGUGAGGCGGAGGUUUCCCCUGGGAGCCCGCUGCUCCCCACUGCUCCGCCCCUUCGACCUUGGCCUGGUGACCAGAUGCCCUGCUCCAUCACAACCUCCUUCUCCAGGAAAACCCACUUUCCAAAAGCCCAAGCUACACCUGGCUGCAGGGCUGGGUCAGCUGGCCUGGCUGAGCUCUUCUCAGUGGGGUCCCCUUUGAUGUUCUCCCCCAAGCUGGGCAGCCCACAGGUGUUGGGAACCCUGGCCUGCCCCUGUUUCCCCAGUAAUUGUUUCCUUCCGUUGCCCAGGACACUGGCUGGCCUUCCUUCUCUUCUGAGCCCUCCCCUGCCCCAGGAACCCUGGCCUCACCAAAACAGCAGCAGCUCAUUGGCUCUAAAACCAAGGAGCAGACCAUGCCCUCCCAACCCUGGAGUUGUCAGGGAGGGACUGCCCAUCACCUCCCUCUCCCCAACAUCCCCACCCUCGAGUCGGAAAUAAAGAACAUUUGUAACUGG